AUGGCUCAACAAACUACCCUUCAGGAGUUCAACUCCGUCUACCCCAAGCUUGAGGAGGCUCUUCUCGACCAUGCCCGCUCCUACAAGCUCCCUCAAGAGCAGCUCGACUGGUACAAAAGAUCUCUCGAAGUCAACCCUCUCGGUGGAAAAUGCAACCGCGGCAUGUCCGUCCCCGACUCGGUCUCCCUCCUCCUCGAGAAGCCUCUUACCGAAGAGCAGUAUUUCCAAGCUGCUACGCUUGGCUGGAUGACGGAGCUUCUCCAGGCCUUCUUUCUCGUUUCCGACGACAUCAUGGAUUCGAGCAUUACCCGCCGUGGCCAGCCCUGUUGGUACCGCCAAGAGGGUGUUGGCAUGAUAGCUAUCAACGACGCCUUCAUGCUUGAAUCCGCCAUUUACACCCUUCUCAAGAAGUACUUCCGCUCUCACCCGGCCUACGUCGAUCUUAUCGAGCUUUUCCAUGAGACCACCUUUCAGACAGAGCUCGGCCAGCUUUGCGACCUACUCACCGCUCCUGAAGACAAUGUCAACCUCGACAACUUCCCUCUUGAGAAGUAUAGUUUCAUUGUCAUUUAUAAGACCGCCUAUUACUCAUUCUACCUCCCCGUCGCCCUCGCCCUUCACCAGCUCAACCUCGCCACUCCCAGCAACCUCAAGCAAGCUGAGGAUAUCCUCAUUCCUCUCGGGGAGUAUUUUCAAAUCCAAGAUGACUACCUUGACAACUUCGGCAAGCCUGAGCAUAUAGGCAAGAUCGGCACCGACAUCAAGGAUAACAAGUGCUCUUGGCUCGUCAACCAGGCCCUGGCCGUAGCAACCCCUGAGCAGCGAAAGAUUCUUGAGGAAAACUAUGGCCGCAAGGACGAUGAGAAGGAGGAGGUCGUCAAGAAGCUUUACGAUGACCUCAAUCUUGAGCAGCGUUAUCUGGACUAUGAAGAGAAAGUUGUCGGCCAAAUCCGUGAGCGCAUUGCUAACAUCGAUGAGAAUGAUGGUCUCAAGAAAACUGUUUUCGAGGCCUUCCUUGCCAAGAUCUACAAGCGCAGCAAGUAA